UUGCAACAACCUGUUCGCCGUUCUAAUUCCCUUGUUUCUCAUUCGGAAUUGCUCAUGUAGAAAGUGCGGCGUACAGACCAACUUCUGGCUCUUACAUCACACUUUUAAAUAAGCUCAAACUCUAUUCGAUCUUGAUAGAACUUGCGCUGGGCCACAACCACCUUUAACAUAUGCUAGUUGUGGUCCGAAAUUCGAAGGUGUCAGUGCUGUAUACUAAAUAUUUGGAGAGUAUCUGGUUCUCGGCGAAAAUUACGGAAUAAUCGUCAAUUUUAUCAGUGACAUUGAAGCAAAUCGAGCCGUCCUAGAAGAAGCGCUUCUAAUUUUAGUCGAUUUCACUCGCUCCGGGUGUUCAGUGCGAAUUUGGUGGUUUUUUUCGAGGGUUCCAUUAUGAAUAAGGAGUAUGGAAACAGUCCUCCACCUUACCAUGAAAGAGCUCCACCUAGUGCGCCUCCUAGUUAUGCAGAAGCCCUCAGAGGAGUGCCUCCCUCAAGCCCCUAUGUGGCCCAGAACAGUUUUACGAAAGGUCCAGAAAUAGUGACGACAGUAGUCCCAAUUGGUCCAAAUCCAACCCAUAUGAUAUGUCCACACUGUCAUGCUGAGAUAAUAACCACAACAAAGUCUAGGCCCUCGGCUAUGGCCUAUAUUACUGGAGCACUGAUUUGUAUAUUGGGAUGUCCCCUAGGGUGCUGUCUAAUACCAUGUUGCCUGAAGAAAUGCAGAGAUAUUCAUCACAACUGUCCGAACUGCGACGCUUAUCUUGGAGGCUUUAUGCGGAACAACAUUUCGUUAAACAUUUAAAAAAUUUAUUCCGAGGUUACGUCUAUUUUAAUUACUUUUUAUUGUAUUUUACUAGUGUCUUAUAUGAUGUAUCUAGAGAGUGUAAGGAAGUUUUGUUAUUAUAUAUGUUAGGUACGCCAA